AUUCACCACAUAUUAUAUUCACUGAUCAAACAUUCACACUCGCUUGCGUCUUCAUGGUCUGAGAACAACCUCGAAUUUACCAAAAAUAAGGGGAAAAAAAAAGCAUGUCUUUGAAUUCGAUUCUGUGUUGUCAUCUCAACCUGAUUCUUCUCAGUGCUUUGGUACUUUUUUGUUGUUCUCUUGGCCACUGCACUGCAAACGAUGAUGAACUGGGAGCCACUGAAGAUAACAUCUUCACUGUUUCCAGCUUCAGCUACCCUGAAACUGCCAUCAGACCUUUUGAUUUGCGCUAUAUCAGAGUGGACAUACCACCGGGGUUUUCUGCAGUAUCCAUAGCGUUGAACUCAGAUGUAGACCUUGAUAUUGCAAGAGUUGAAAGGGUUCCAGAAAGCGCACUUCCAAUUAUAUGCUUUAGAGAUGGCAGCCCACCUCUACCAGAUGCUUUAAACACAUCUCUGAAAGAUUCAGCUGUCAAAGGAAUAAAUGGUCUUGAUGUUGAGCAGUGCUUUCCUAUGGAGAAAAAUAUCACUAUGAAAUUGACAAAUGAACAGAUAUCUCCAGGUGCUUGGUACAUUGGUCUUUUCAACGGCAUUGGACCUACAAGAACACAAUCAAAGAUGAUUAUCCGAGGGCCAUCAUACUCUUUUAGUGCCAAUAUAAGCGUGGAAGCAUGCACAAAUUCAAUGAUGAGGGGGGAAUUCUGUAACAGUACAGUCUAUCCACUUUCAUGCACAACAUCUGAUGUCUAUAAUUCUAUGAAGGCUACAGUUCAGAAGCCAAUGAUGGAAAAUGCAAUGGCCUGCAAAAGUAAUUUUGAAGCAUUUUGUGUUCAGGAAGGUGUACCAAACUUUUACUCCUUGGAUAUUGCAAAUGUGGCAGAAGAAUUGACUAUUAUGGCAGCAAAUGUCAGAUUCAAUACUACAUCUUCAAAUAACGCAUCUGGUGUUUAUGAUGUUAAAUUAAUGUGUUUUGCUCGCCAUGGUGCAAUUCCUUCAGAGACUUUGCAUGACUAUUCCAUUGAUUUAAAUAAAUCCCCUUUGGUUAUCCAUUCUCCAUUGCUUGGUCGUUUGUACAUUAGUAUUUUACCAGUUAAUCUUACAAAGAAGUUGGGAGGGACUCUGGAUGACAAUUUAAGGAUUUGCUAUUCAAUAGAAUCGCAAAUACUUCAGUGCCCGCUUGGGAAAGCUGGAGCAAAUUGCACAAUGGACAGCUACACACUUCAGACAGUUCUAAGGAGAGGUCCAACCCCAUUUGAAUCAUAUUAUUUACCUGUUGGUGAGGGAGCAUCUUCUGCCAAUUUUCCUCUUGAGCCACUUUCAAACAAGUCAUCAAAUGGAGGAGAAACUGAUGACAUUUGGACUUAUUUUAUUUUGGAAAUCCCUCGUGGUGCAGCUGGAAGAAAUAUUCACAUACGGCUAUCUGCAGACGUGAAGAUCAGUUAUGAAGUUUAUGCUAGAUUUGGUGGAUUGCCUUCUCUUGAUAGCUGGGACUACUACUAUGCUAACAAUACAAGGAAGAGUGAACAAUCUGUGUUUUUUAUGCUAUAUGAUUCGAGUGAUGACAAAAUUGAUUUCUACAUUAUAUAUGCUAGAGAAGGAACUUGGGGUUUGGGUCUAAGACAACUUAAUACCAACAGUGUUUAUGUGAAAGGGCAAACUGUCAUGUCUAUUUCACUUGAAGGAUGCCCAAAACAGUGCUCCUCUAAUGGAGACUGUAAAUAUUCUUUUGAUGCUAGUGGAUUGACAUCAUACAGCUUCUGUUCUUGUGAUCGAAACCAUGGUGGCUUUGACUGUAGUAUUGAAGUUGUAUCACAUAAAGGGCAUAUAAUGCAAUCAAUAUUUCUCAUUGGAUCGAAUGCUGCGGCCAUACUUCCUGCCUAUUGGUCCCUUCGGCAGAAGGCAUUUGCAGAAUGGGUUUUAUUCACAUCAAGUGGAAUUGCAAGUGCGCUAUAUCAUGCAUGUGACGUAGGCACAUGGUGUCCAUUGACCUUUAAUGUUUUACAGUUCAUGGACUUUUGGCUCUCUUUCAUGGCUGUGGUUAGCACUUUUGUAUACCUUGCUACCAUUGAUGAAGUAUAUAAGAGAGCAAUCCACACAGCUGUUGCUAUACUUACUGCUCUCAUGGCUGCAACCAAGGCAACCAGGUCUUCCAAUAUUGUUCUUGUCAUUGUGAUCGGGGCUCUUGGUCUUCUUGUUGCAUGGUUGAUAGAAAUCUCAACAAAGUAUAGGUCCCUUUCCUUUUCAUUUGGAUUCUCCCAAAGUUUCCUUCAAAGUUUGCAAACUAUAAAGCAAUGGUUCUGUAAUCUUGUCAAGACAAUUUUGAGACGGUUUCGCUGGGGGUUCUUAUUGGUCGGUUUCAUUACAUUGGCCAUGGCAGCAAUAAGUUGGACACUUGAAACCAGUGCAAACUACUGGUUUUGGCAUAGCUUUUGGCAUGUCACAAUAUACACAUCUUCUUUCUUCUUCCUUUGUUCAAAAGCAAACAUUGUGGAUGCUGAGAAUCAGCUACCUACAAAUGCAAACUAUGCGCUGACUCGUCAGGAUUCAUUUCCAAGAGAUAAUUAGAAAAACAUAUUUGGAAUAGGAGGGUACAAAAAGGAAUGAGAGGUAGAUUUUUGGAUUUUUGUUUUGCAUUAAGGUGACACAAGAAUGUUAGGCUGCCACAAAUUUGGUAGGUGAAAGAUGUGGCUGCUGACACAAUUUUUUGGCCAAAGAUGUAAACAGUGAUCAACAAAGCAGUCUCUUGUAAAUUCUUUUCUUCACAAGGUUUGCUUCUUAACAUUCAUUUUAGGGUGUGUGUGUCUAUAUAUGUAUAUAUUCCAUAAAUGUCUCUAUGCCAUAAGAUACAAGAAAGAAAUCAACAAGUCAUAGGAGUUUUGGCCAUGUAACUGUAAUUUAGAAUAUCAAUGGCAUGUGAAUUGUAUUAUAUGGAGAUUUCUGUUGGUAAAAGCAACUCAACAAAUUUGAUGGGUCGUAGUUAUUUAGUGUGUGAUUGGAAAUACACUGAAAACUUUAUAACGUGGAUAUAAUGCAAAAGUUGUAUCUUAUAGC